AUGGCAUCUGGCCUACCGAACGAUCGUCGUACUUCGGCUAUCCCUACUUCAGGUCGAACUACUCCUAUCAUUCAAGCUGGUCGGAUCACUCCUUCUCUCGUCGGUCAUCCUUCUCAACGCUCUUCUACCCCUUCUGGUAUUCCAUCUCGUUCUACACCCUCUUCAGUCACUUCUCUUAGACCGUCAGGUUCAGCAACCGGUCGUCGUGAAACUAUCGGUCUCGCCUCACCUUUGUAUCAAUCUCAACCCAUCGUCACCUUCAAUCCACUCUCUCAAUCUGCUUCAAGCUCUUCAGCUCAAUCUACAAGAAUAGGUUUACCCUCUCCCAGUCCUACUCUUCAACAGACCAACUUCUCUUCUCUUCAACCCAUCUGGUCUCCCACUGAAUCCUCUGCGAAUUCUUCACAAGCCUCUUCAAAUUCUACUACUGUCCAAGUUGUUUUGAGAAUUCGUCCUUCUGCAUUCGAUAGUAAUGUUCCAACUCGCUUUCAGCGUACUGUCUUGAGCGCGCUCAAUUCAAGUACGGUUGCUAUAGAAAAUCCUGUUCAAUCCACCUCUACAGCUUCAUCAUCUACACCCAAUGCCAGUCAAGGUCACAAGGCGAUCCAACGUUUCACAUUUGAUCGUGUCUAUUCUCCUGAAGAAGGCCAGGAAUCCAUUUGGGGAUCAGUAGAAUCCUUGGUCUCACGCUUCCUUGAGGGUUAUAAUGUAACUGUUUUAGCCUAUGGUCAAACAUCAUCCGGAAAGUCAUACACGAUGGGAACAGACCGUCUCUCUCCAUCCGACCUCACUGAUUUUGAAGCGGACGAUACCCUCGAAUUGUCAUCUGAACGCAUAGGAAUCAUUCCUAGGGCUGUUCAUAAUAUCUUCCAUCGGAUUCGUCAACUUCCACCUUCAUCUAACCAGACCACGAUCAAGACCAGUUAUGUGGAAAUCUAUAAUGAGGAUCUUAUCGACCUCGUGGCCUCUUCCUCCUCACAGUCCACACAACUUCCUCAGGUUACCAUUAGGGAAGAUAAAGAUGGCAAAAUUAUUUGGUCAGGUCUUAAGGAGAUGAAGGUCUCAAAUGCUAGUGACGUAUUGGACCUCUUGCAACGUGGUAGUUCGGCUCGUCAGACCAAUUCUACUGAAAUGAAUGCACAAUCUUCUCGAUCACAUGCCAUCUUCAGUCUCAGUCUCACUCAAAAGAAACCUAGUGGUGGCAACAGUUUAUCCGCUUCCCUUAAUCAUUCUGGACGGCGUAGUCAGGUCUCUAGUCCCACUCCUGGUAGUCGGGCCGAACCUUCUGUCUCAUCCCUCGACUCAGAAUGGGUUACCGUCACCAGCAAGUUCCAUUUUGUCGAUCUUGCUGGGAGCGAACGUCUCAAACGUACGUCUGCUGUGGGUGAAAGGGUCAAGGAAGGUAUUUCCAUCAAUUCAGGUCUACAUGCUUUAGGCAACGUCAUCUCGGCACUCGGAGAUCCUUCAAAAGCCAAAACUACUACUCAUAUUCCUUAUCGUGAUAGUAAACUUACGCGACUCCUUCAAGACAGUCUCGGAGGCAACGCUCAUACCCUCAUGAUCGCAUGCGUAUCACCCAUUGAGUACAAUCUCAAUGAAACGCUGAACACUGUCAAGUAUGCCAACCGAGCUCGGAAUAUCAAGAACCGAGCUGAAGUAAACGCUAUCGAAGCAGGCUGGGAGGAUGUUGAAUAUCUGCAAGCGACCGUCAUCAAACUCAGGAAAGAGCUUGCGAAUCUUAAGAACGGUCUUGGAAUCACUGACAUAUCAGGACAGGCUCGUACCCUCGGCGCCAUCGAUGAAGAAGCUGAUGAACGUGCCCCACGCUUUCUUGAGCUUCAGGGUCAUCUAAGCGAGCUGCAAGCAAAGUAUGCCAAAACAAUAGCGGAUCUGGCACAGGCCCAGAAUAACCUCAGUCUCUUGGAAGGCUCCAGUAGGUCAAUCAGUCAGUCAGACUUUGAAGGCAUGAUUCAACCUGUUGUAGAGGAGUACGAAAAAUCAAUCACUGCACUCGAAUCACAACUCGCCCUGACGAAGGCGGCAUUAGUUCAUUCGGAACAAUCUAUGAAGGAACUGGAUGACAAGCUAAUGCACGAACAAAUGAUCAACGAAUCAAAUUCAAAUGUGAUCAGUGACUUGAAAACCAGAGUGGGUCGAUUGAUCGAACGCGAGGCGACCAAUGAAGUCUAUAUCAAAGACUUGGAAGAAAAACUUCGGUUUAUGUCGGAUUCGGACGAGACAUCCUCCGGGAUGGUCACUGAGCUGAAAAAGGAGAUCAUCAAAUUGAAGGAAACUGAAGCUAAAUCGGAAAAGUAUAUCAAAGAUCUCGAAUUGAAAUUCUCAAAGGAUGAAGAAGCUCAUUCUACCUUGAAGGCUCGGGUCGAUCAAUUUGAGGCUCAACUGGCUCGCAAAGAGGAAGUGAUCGAGGAGCUUCAGCUAAAGUAUAACGCUCUUAGUGCUGGGGCGAUUGAAGAUAAUACGGGUCUCUCUGACCAGCAAAAAACUCUCAUAGCUGAAUUGGACGAGCGAGAAGAAAAGUUGAGAGUUUUAGAAGCUGCACUUAAGGAGUUUCAAGAUCAAAAACAACAGAUUGAACAACAGAAAGCACAAUUGGAAUCCGCACCUGCAGCAAGUACUGAUACGACUCCUCAGGCUUCUUCGGCGCCCACUGCGUCCGUGCCUGUCGCAACUUUGUCUGCUAAAGCGACUCAGCCGGCCAGCUUACCAGAUAAGGCUGCUCCCCAUCGUUCUGUUUCACCCGGCAGCUUCACUCCUCCUGCCACCCCUGCAUCUUUCUCUGCUAUCGCCUCCUCUUCUCGAUAUCCGACUCCAGCAAAAGGCCCGGCUUACGACGAUGAUAUGAAGAAGCGAUUCCGUGAACUGCAAGAGCGAUACGAACUAACAGUCAGCGAAUUAGAUCAAGUUCAGACUAAAUACAACAACUCAUUGAAAGAACUUGACGACCUAUCAGCUCAACUUGAUGAAUCUCGACUCAUGCAGCCUACACCUACUUAUCAUAUCAGUCGAACGUCGUCAACCUCCUUGGCUGGUUCAACAACUGAACAAUCACCCUUACCAUCACCCAUACCUUCCUCACCGGGAAAUCAUCACCGGUUUCCUAAUAACAAUGCCCUACCUGUCAAGGGAUUCGGUACACCUGUGAACAAAACGUCCCAAUCCAGGUCGUCUUCUCCCCACGAUGAGGAUUUGCAAGAAUCGCUACAAUCUCCUGACCUUUCGAUGAAUUCUCCUCAACAACUUUCCGGAAGUGAGACACCCGUCCGUACGUUGAGUCUAGGGUCUAUUGCGGUAGUCGGUGGCGGUGUUGGACCAAGGACAUAUCGUUCAACUCAAUUCACCAAUGGUACCUCUGCACGCUACAUGGCUCGUCAAAGCUCUAGCUCAGGCAGUAUUACUGGCAAUAACUCUCACCAUGUGAUGCAGACUUCCCAAUCACUACAUGGUCGCUCCUUAUCACUCUCGCUAUCUCAAGACAUAUCAAAAGUCAUCGUCGCGGGUAAUCGAGCUACUCUUCUCGUGGCCACCUCUCCGCAUUCACCACGACCGAUCUCACCUCAGACAGGUCGGGUCAUGUUGGGCGGAAGCGAAACUCCACACCUUGGUAGAAGCUAUGAGAGUCUCGAAAAAGAAGUAAUUCAACUCCAAGAAGUCUUGAAGGAUCGCGAAGAAGAAAUUCGGACAUUAGAGCAGUCCAUCCGAGACCUUCAUCGUCAGAGUGAAUCUCUCAAUAACGCUCGUCUGCUGGGGUUGAUGGAUGAAACAAAGCGGACCGAUGAAACUAUCUCAACUCUUGAUCAGCGAGAAAGUACGGCGAGUCCAACUUCAGAUGGAAUGACCAAAGAAUCACACGAAGGAAAGGAUAGCAGCUCGAGUGAUCCCCAUCCGUCUUCGGCUGAUACACUCAAUCGGAUCAAGGAGAGCUUUUAUGGCCGAUCUGGUUCGAUAGACAGUUAUGGCACUGAUAAACGAGAUUCAUUAUUACCUGUGGAUUCGUGCGAUACUAGUAUGACUGAUAACAAUUCGAAAAACAUCCAACGACUUGAUGAUUUGAUGAGAUCGAUGGCUCAAAAAGAAUCAGCUCAUUUAGAACUGAUUGAGACUUUGAGGGAUCAACUUGGAGUGAGUCAGAAAGCACACGACGAGUUGGUCAAACUCUCUCGAGAUCAAGUUGCAAAUAUGUCAAGUGAAAUCGAAGGACUCAGAGGUAAAUUGGGAGAACAAGACGGUUUGGAAGCACAGCUGAAUGAGAUGGAGCAAGGCUUGAUGGCCAAAGAGAAAGAGUUGGAGGUAGUGAAGGAUGAAGUGAAACGAGUGAUGUUAGAGACCGAGACUAACCUGGUGAACCGACAUGAGAUCGAGUUGGAAUCAUUGAGGGCAAGUCAAUUGAGCGAAAUUGAGCGAUUGAAAGGCGAACACAAGGAUCUUCUUGAGCGAUUAGUUGAGGCGUCGGAAGUCAAGCUGAGAGCGAAGGAGCAAGAGCUGAAAGACUUGGAAUCGAAAUGGGAAACUCGCUUGAAGGAAGAACUCGAGUUACAGGCUUCAGCUCACCAGACAUCCUUGGAGGAAGUACGUUUGGUUAGUGUGCGGGAGGGAUUGGAAGAGAUGAAACAGAAACAUGAUGCUGAAUUGGCGGAGAUAGUUGUGCAAGUGGAAGCCAAGGAAGUGAGACUGUCGGCCUUGUUGACGGAGCUAGAGGCAAAGGAAUCUGGACUGAAAGCCAUGGAGAGUGACCAUUCAAGCAAGAUUCAGGAAUUACAACUCAAAUUGGAACAAGCGAUGAGUUCGAAUCCUGAUCAGCUGAAAUCAUUGGAGGCUGAGAUUGAGGGGAGACUAAGGGGCGAGAUUGAAAAGAUGAAAGCGUCACAUGCACAGGAAUUGGCUCAACAUUUUGCUGAAGUAGAGGAGAGUCGAUCACGUUUGGCAGAGGAGCAGUCUCAAACCAUUGAAGAGUUGGAAGUAGCACAUGAACAACAGAUUGAAGAGAUCCGAGCUGAACAUGAAGAGAUUCUGGUGGCAUCACUUACUGAACUGGAUGCGCGCCGGACGCGAAAGUUUGAAGCCAAUUUAGCUGCUCUACAGGCUCAACAUGAAUCCGAGUUGCAAUCAAUCCAAUCACAACAAAACCGCCAAGCGGAUGAGAAUGAGACUCGGUCAGGAUCAGGAUCAGAUAUGAAGAUUGAACAGCUACGACUGGAAUAUGAGGAACAAAUCGAAAGACUUAAACUUGAACACCAAACUACUUUUACAUUCGAGCUCAAAAAUGCGAGAGAAGCGGAUCAGAAGCGGAUAGAACAGCUUUCAACAGAGGUGAGAGCAUUGAAGGAAGCAGGAUCAAAUCCUAGCGAAGCUGAGACCGAACUACAAGAAGCGCUUGAUGCACUCUCCACACUUGAUAAGGCCUUACUUGAAUCACAAGUCGAACGAGAAAGGCUGAUGAAGGAUUUGAAAGCGAGCAUUGUGGCGAAGGAACAAGCUCAAUCGGAACUUGGUUCGAUGAAGGUAGAACGAGAUCAGAUGGCAGAAGAGAGGGAUCGAUUAGCGGCGAUGAAAGGAAGAAUGAUGAGUGAUGAGUUUGAAGGGAUGACGAAAUCUCGAAUAGGAGGUGGAAGCGUUCUUAGAUCCGAUUCACCUUCCUUGGUCAUGCAACGCAAUCCACACUUGAUGAUGGCACAAAACAAAGCUCCACCUACACCACCACCUACGAUGCCACCACCACCAUUACCUACGACUUUACCACCGUUACCGAGCAAUGGUAGACCGGCAGAACGAUCAAGUAACACAUCUAGUCAGUUGAGUCGAACUAAUAGUAAUAGUGGACGUGAGUCACCAUCGACGAGUGUUGGAACCAAUAGUUUAGUCGAAUCUGUUAGUAUGGAUCCUAGAGUGUUGAAAAAGAUUGAAGAUCAAGAAAAUGCUAUUGCUAAGCUUUCAAAACAAUUAUCACAUUGUGAAGUAGAUCUUAAAUCAAAUAUUGAUUUAGUUGCCAAUCUGGAAUCCGCCUUAAAUGAUACCGAAAGGAAUUUAAGAAAAUCACGAUUACAGAUGAAUGAAUUAGUCAAAGAACGAGAUAAAUUGAAUUCGAUGAAUGAUCAAUUAAAACAAGAAUUAAAUCGAGCGAAUUUAGAAGUGGAGAAUGUAAGGAAUAAUGUGAUGGCAGAGAAAGUGGAAUUUGAGAAUCGAUUGGGUGAAGAACGUAGAGCUAAAGAAAGUGCUAAGAAGUUAUUGGAAGCUAGAAUGGAAGAAAUGCAGAAUAGUAGGAUGACGAGAAAGAGUAAAUUUAAUUGCUUUUAAGCAAGCUGAGCUUGAAUGAUUCUCGAUUUUUUGUUUUUCUUCUUUCGUCCUUGUUUGAUCUUAUGAUUUUAUGUGUCUCUGUGUGUGUGUGUGUGAUUUUGUUCAUUGACUCUUUUUCUUUAAUAGAUUUAUAAAUCAUGAUACAAUAUCUUUAAACUCUU